GAGAGGGACAGAGCUACACGGAGAGGAGAAAAGAAAAGAGACGUACUACAAGCGAACCGAGAGAUUUUGACUGGUAACUUCUUUCUCUUUGGGGAAAAAAAGAAUGAUUAAAUAAACACGCGAGUGAUUUAAUAUAUAGACACAGACUGUGCCGCGUGGAUUGAAGGAGAGUCGACGUAGCCUCUCUCAUUUUUUUUAUAUAAUCCUCGGAACCAGCGGGCCGGGUCGGCAGUGCCAGCACAGUACUGUACAGCGCGGAUAAGCCCUCUCCUCCGCCCGGCUAGAGCGCGGAUCGGCAGCCGGAGCCGCGCUCUUCUCACUCCGGGGCAAUGCUGGUCCUGCUGACGCGCUGCGUAGCAGAGACACCGCGGGUCUCCAGGCGACAAGCACCGGGGUCGCGCCGCCGAUACAGCAGUGCCGGGGCCGUGUGCCAGCCGACAGCGAAGCCCUUCCAGGCUACAGAACGCAGCCCGCUCGGAUACCGACAGAAGCAUCUCCGCGGAAGCAGCGCCGAAAAUACCGCUGUGGAGAACGAGGAGUAAAGCGAAAGGUCACUUGAAUUGUCUGCCUGCUUCUGCACUGGAGCCGCAUUAUAGCAUCUCUCCAGCUGGCUGAUAAGAACGAACUCAGGGAUUACUAACGCUGACCUGACUUAUUUUUUUAUGGAUUUUAAUCAAAGAAAUAAAUAAAUUUAAAAAAAAAAAAAAACAUCUGAGACGUUUUUACAAAGAGACUGAACCACACACGCAUUAUUGAUUAUAUUAUUAUUAAAAUGAUUACUACUACUACUACUACUAAUACUAAUACUAGACAUGCUAUCUAAUUAACCCACCAACUUCCACAUCAUCAUCCUGAUAGCACUGCCACUCCUGCAACAAACAGAGCACUGAAGAAAGACUAUUAUUAUUAUUGGGAUGAUCUUGAAAUUGUGUGUGUGUGUGUGUGUGUGUGCCGAGAUCUGAAACAACAGCAAAACAACCGCGGGUACAGCAACACAACAAGAGUCUGAUCAAGUUACACUGAGGACAGACCCACGGACAGGCAGAGCGUUUCAUUUCUCUCCAGCGUUGUAUAAAGAUGUCUCCCGGCCUGCCGCGCAGCCCCCAGCUUCUUCUACUGCCGACUCUCGUUCUCUCCUCGGGGGGCCACACGGGCGGCGAGGCCCGCUGCACGUGGCUGUCAGCAGUGUGGUCUCGACACAGCCGGAGCUGAGGGAGGGAGGCAUGGGAAACUCUGGGGGGAAGGGGAAGGGGGGAGAGGAGCAGGAGGAGGGGGAGGACGAGGAGCUGCCCUACGAGGUGGAAGAGCAGCUGGCCAGCGGGGACGACACCCUGGACCUCUGCUUCCGGAAGCUGCGCAGGCUCCCCCGGCGUGUGUGUGGCUGCCGCCACCUGGAGAAGCUCUACGCCAGCAACAACCGGCUGCGGGGGCUGCCCGAGGGCUUCUCCGAGCUGGAGCGCCUCCGGGUCCUCGCCCUGGACUUCAACAAGAUGUUCGACGUGCCGCCUCCGGUGUGCCGGCUGGAGAACAUCACCCGGCUCUACCUGGGCAGCAACCGGCUCACCACGCUGCCGCCGGAGUUCAGUAACCUGCUCAACCUGCGCUGCCUCUGGAUGGAGAACAACUUCUUCCGGCGCUUCCCCCGGCAGCUGCUCGACCUGCCCGUCCUCAAGUCCCUGCAGCUGGGAGACAACCGGCUGAGGAGCCUCCCGGGGUGCCUGGCCCGCAUGGCCUCCCUCAGGGGGCUGUGGCUGUACGGGAACCGCUUCGAGGAGCUGCCUCGGGUGCUGCUGCGCAUGGAGCUGCUGGAGAUCCUGGAUGUGGACCGGAACAAGAUCUCAAGCUUCCCCAACCUCACACGCCUCGCCGGGCUGAAGCUGUUCUCCUACGACCACAACCCCAGCAAGGCCGUGCCCAAGGCGCGGGACUCGGUGAUGCUGGUCGGAGAGGGGGCCGAAGAGCUGAGGCAGGCGAGGGCCGAGGCUGCAGAGGCCGUCGCUGCGGCCAAGGCAGAGAAAGAGGCCCUGGAGGCUGAGGCACUGGAGGCAGCGGCCAGGGGGGCCAGGGGGUACAGGGGGAGAGGGACAGCCAUCCACAGCAUCCUGAAGAACGGAGGCUUGUCCACAGGGCAGCUGGAGGGAUCCGAGGGGGGCGGGGGGGAGGAGGAGGAGGAGGAGGGAGAGUUCGAGGAUGAGUUUGAUUUUGAGGAAGAGGAAGAGGAGGAGGAGGAGGAGGGAGAGGAGACUUGAGGGCCAGAAAUCUUCCUUCAUUCCUUCCUGCUCACGCUCUCUCUCUCUCUCUCUCUCUCUCUCUCUCUCUACUCCUGGCAUGCUCUAUCACUCUCUUGUUCAGUAAAACUCCCCCUCCCCUCCCUAUUCACUCUCAAUCUGUUCAUCCCUCAGUCUCUCUCUCUCUCUCUCUCUCUCUCUCUCUCUCUCUCGCUCUCUGUCUGGUCAAAUUUACUGCCAAGGCCUGAAUUCAGUAAAUUAAAAAAAAAAAAUUAUGCUAAUUUCUUUGUUUCAUUUUUAAUGCAGAUGGCUAAUUAUUCUCAGACACCCUGAAACUCCAUCGCAUUUUCCAUGUCAUUUAGAAACACUGGGGGAAAAAAAUACCUUUUAAUCAAUGAAACGACAGACCUCUGACAGCUGAAUUCAUUUAUUUUAUUAACUUUCUUUUGUUUCUAAAAUGCAGCGCUCUUGAGUGUUUGGUAGCUCUGGAUCGUUUCUGUAAACGAUACGUCAACACGAUGAAUGGUAAUGUUAAAAAGGCUGGGGGUUUACAAGGCAGAAAUGUUUAGGAAUCCGUCUCCGUCAUUAGGAGCUGCUGCUGUGAAGAAUUAUUUCAGAAACUUGCUUAAAGGGCAGCCAGGUUGCACAAGCAAGGAAUCCGUGCUGUCAUGUGACACUUAAGAAUAGUUCCCUCUCUCCCUCCAUCCCUCUGUGUCUCUUUCUCCCCCCUUAUGUCUUCUCGGCAGGUGAGAGGAGAGAGUGAGGUGUGUGUGUUGGGGGGGGGGGACUCGUGCCCGAAAUGAGACCAAGGGACAUGCAAACUGAGGACAGACAGACAGACAAACAGACAGAGGGAGUUGUCCCUCAGCAAAUGGGACAGUGGACAGACAAAGGGACAAGUGUGUCCCUCAGCUAUUGGGACAGUGGACAGACAGAGGGAGGAGUGUGUCCCUCAGCGAAUGGGACAGUGAACAGAAAGACAGAGAGGGAGGAGUGUGUCCCUCAGCGAAUGGGACAGUGGACAGACACGGUGUCCCACCUUCCUACUUUCCCAACCCUCGAGCGCAGAAUAUUUCGAGGGAGGAAGUGUGCACCACAUCAUUCCAGGAUGAAAACUUGUUUAUCAGGACUUUCUUUUCAAGGUAGCGUGUGUGUCUAUAUGUGUGUGUGUGCGUGUUUACAUAUGGUUGUUAUUGUGAUUAUUAUUAUUAUUAUUAUUAUUAUUAUUAUUAUUAUUAUUAUACAAAUUAAAAAGGACACUUUUAAUGAACUGAAUAAGGAAGCGAUUCCCGGCUCUGUAUUCCUAGGAUAUCGAAGAGAGGGUGUUUAAAUAAAAAGGAGGAAGAAAUGAC